AUGCCCGACGAAUCAGCAAAAUCCGGGAGGACCCACCCGAGAGGCCUCAUGAAGAAGGAUAAAGAUUUCAGCUUCUCCAACGCGGUUCUUCAAGCGCUCGCGACUGCGUUGAACCCGACAUGGCUCGUGAAGGAGCUCGGUGACGACUACAUUGGGCCUCGUUUCCCGAUCGAGCAUUCCUGGAGCGCGAGCAAGAUGGACCGGACGAUUCAGAAAGCGAUAACGACAAAAGAAGGCCAGCGCUCGCUCAAUCCAGUUGCGGAGUUGUUGUAUGUUCUCGAAUGUAUGCAGGUGGAGGAGGACGGGAGCUUUGAAUGCGUCAACCCGUAUCCGCUACAAAUCAUGCUCUCGCUGGGGAGCUGCGAAGCCGGCGGAAGCGUUCCCGAGAAUCCCUUCGAAUGGCUCUGCAAAAUCCUGGAUCUCAUUUCUUGCCAUUAUCCUCGCGAUGUCACGCCCAUCACCGAGGAAUCGCGACAUGUCUUAGUCAACAGCCUCUUCCGCAUUAGUAUGGAAUAUGCCACCACAUGCAUGGGAUCGAUGUGCAAGGGCCACGCCACAGACCGCGGACAGCGAAGCUCCUGGACUCUGCCGAUUGAUGUGCCAUUCAAGGACCCAAGCUCAUCGAGCCCAAUGUCGAUUACCAGCUGCUUGAAAAGAUACUACGAGAAGAUCGAAAGCAAAGAAGCACGAGCCUGCGAGAAGUGCGGAGAUCGGAUGUCGAACCAGGAGCGGUGGACUGGAUUUACUCAGCUCCCUGACACUCUCAUCGUCGAGUUCCGGUACGCGGAACCACGAAGAAGCGCUAGGAAAGCAGGAGGAAGCAGCAACACGGCCGAGCAGGGCGUGAACGUUGACGUGACUCUCGAUGGCGUGCUUCACCUCCGGGAGUUUUCGAAAUCCAGCAUCGAGAGCGUGGUCUACGGCCUCCAAACCAUCGUUAAGAGUAGAGAGAAAGGCGGAAAGGGGGGUCAUUACCAGGCCUUUACGAAAACGAAUGACGGGCAGUGGUGGAAAUGCGAUGAGCAGGUGGUCACGAAGUCUACGCUCGUCAACGCUUAUAGCUCGGCUGCGUUAGACGGCGGAAGGGCUCAUCUGGCAUUCUACGCUCGCGUCCUCCCGCAGUAG